AUGGAAUUACCACAAUAAACUUGUUUGAAUGCUUUACUAACUUAGGAAGAUUCAAUAAUAAUAGACUGCUACAAUUUGACUAAUUUAAAUAUUUAUAAUUAUCAAGAGAAUGCUUGGACUAUUGUUUAUUCAGUAUUAGUUCCAUAAAAACCAAAAAAUACUGACCUUAAAACAUUUACUAGUAAUUCUAUUAAUUCUAUUCUAUAUGCAUAAUAUUAUGAUGACUAUGAUAUUUUAACUCAGUUUCAAUUUAGUCAAAAUUUAUUAUAAAAUAUUUCUAUUUGGAUAUAACCAUUUAUUAACUUUAUAGUUUCUAAUAAAUCCUAAUCUCAAAAUGCAAUUUACUUAUGGAAUAAUAAUACUUUGUAUCAAUUAAAUGUUAAUGAAUAUGGGUUGAAUUCAACAAAUAUUAUUUAUAGAUUUCCCUCUUAAAUCAUGGCAGUUUAAAUAUUCAAUCCAUAAAUAAUAUUUUAUGAAUGCGAUACUUUAUAAAUAAUUCUCAAAGAUUACAGCUUUGAAUAGCAUGUAUGUUAUUAGUAUGCAGCAUAUUCAUAUGGUUAAUAUAAAACUAUUAUUCGUUUUAACUAAAACUCAUCAAUUUUCUUAAGCAAUUAGUUCUUAAUUGUAAAAUACUUUGAUCUAAUAGAAAUUUAUGAGAUUGAAACAAGUUAAAAGAAUUACUAGAUUUACAAAAAUAAUACAAAGUUUAAAUAGAAUUUCAAAUUGACUGGAGAGCUACAAUUAAAUUCUUCAUUAGCUUAAGUUUCCUUUGAUUAUAAUAGCAAUUUGUUAUUUAUAUUUAGUGAUACUUAGAUUUCGACUUAUUAUGUAGAUUAUUCUAAGAUAAAAUUUGAGUCUCAUUAGAAUUAAACAAAUUAUCAAUUUAUUAUUCAAGGAAGCCCAUAUUAGACAAAUUAAACUGAUGCUUCUAAGUGCUAAAACUGCAUGGUAUAGUUAAAUGUUACUGUUCUCUCAAUUAAUGAUAAUAACAUAUACUUAACUUAUGGGUUUCGCGAUUAAAUUUUGUAUUAAUUUUAAACUCAAAUUCCUCAUCUAUAAUCAAUCUUACAAUUUUCAGGUUCCCUCUUAACUGUAAAUUUUUCAGUAGAAAAUUCAAGCCUUGGAUACUUUAAUGAUAUAACAUUUUAAAAUGUAGGCUCCAUAAAUUAAUCAUUUCAAAAUUUAUAAUUUCUAAAUAAAAGUUAUGCUGUUGUAAUAAUAAACCAAAAUAUUUUGUUAUUAAAUAUAUAAACUUUUGGAAGUCAAUUUUAUUUCAAUUUUACUUAGAAUUUUACAAUUAAUUCUCCGAUAAAUAGAAUUAAUAAUCAAAUCUAAGGUUAUUGUUUUUUGAAUGAUAUUUAUUUUGGAGUUUAAAUUAACAGUUAAUAAUUAUUUAUAUGUAAUCAUUGUUAAGAGUUUGAUAAUGUAACAUCUAUUUUAUCUUUUUAACCCUUUUAAUAAUUCUAUUUAUUUUAUUAAUAGAUUGUACUUUUACUUGAAUCAAAUAUAAUAUAAAUAUGUCGUUUUAAUGGAAUUUGCAAUAAUUUAAAAAUUAAAGAUCUUAUAAAACCAGUAGGUUUAGCAUUAAAUUAACAAUAAUAAUCAUCGACUUUAUUUAUUAAUGAUAAUUAUAGUGACAUUAUUGUUGGAUAAAUUGCAUCUUCAAAUUAUUAUUAUAUAAUAAAUAGUAUUAUACAUGUCAAAGCUCAAGUAUAGGAUAUUAAGAUUGUAAAUAAUCGGUUGAUAUUAAGUUAUUAUUGCUAAUAGAAUUAAUUUGUUUGUUUUUAAGUCUGGAAUGUUGCAAACUUGAACUCCCCAUAUUUUGAAAAGAAUUUGAGAAGUAUUUAAGACUCAAAUAAUAUUCAAUUAUUUGCUGAUAAUUUAUUUUAUUAUGUUCAAACUAAUGAUUAAAUCUAUGUUUAUUAUCCAUUUGUGCUUGAACAUUCUUCAUUAUUUUAUACAUUUGACUAUAAUGGAUCCUAUUUUACAACUACUUCUACUAUAGAUAGAUUCAAUCUUAUUAGUGGUGCUUCUUAAGAUGGCGCUUUGAUAUCAUUCAAUUCUUAAUUUUAUGAGUUAUCUCCAACUUUAGUAUACUUUUAUCAACCUAAGAACACAGAAUAUGAUCACGAAUGA